AUGGGCUGCACGCUGAGCGCCGAGGACAAGGCGGCGGUGGAGAGGAGCAAGAUGAUCGACAGGAACCUGCGGGAGGACGGCGAGAAGGCGGCCAGGGAGGUCAAGCUGCUUCUCUUAGGAGCUGGUGAAUCAGGGAAAAGCACAAUUGUCAAGCAAAUGAAGAUUAUCCAUGAAGCUGGUUAUUCAGAAGAAGAAUGUAAACAGUACAAAGCUGUUGUCUACAGUAACACCAUUCAGUCCAUUAUUGCUAUCAUUAGAGCAAUGGGAAGGUUGAAGAUAGACUUUGGUGAUCCAAUCAGGGCUGAUGAUGCUCGUCAGCUCUUUGUGUUGGCUGGAGCAGCAGAAGAAGGAUUUAUGACUUCAGAGCUUGCGGGAGUUAUCAAGAGACUGUGGAAAGACACCGGGGUUCAAGCGUGUUUCAACAGAUCUCGAGAGUACCAGCUCAAUGACUCUGCUGCUUAUUACUUGAAUGACUUGGACAGGAUAGCACAAACCAGCUACAUUCCAACUCAACAGGACGUUCUCAGGACUAGAGUGAAAACUACAGGAAUAGUGGAAACUCACUUUACUUUCAAAGAUCUUCAUUUUAAAAUGUUUGAUGUUGGAGGCCAAAGAUCGGAGCGGAAGAAGUGGAUUCAUUGUUUUGAGGGUGUUACAGCAAUUAUUUUUUGUGUGGCACUAAGUGAUUAUGACUUGGUCUUGGCUGAAGAUGAGGAAAUGGCAAGUACUAAUCGGAUGCACGAGAGCAUGAAAUUGUUUGACAGUAUCUGCAACAAUAAAUGGUUCACAGACACUUCUAUUAUUCUGUUCCUGAACAAGAAAGAUCUUUUUGAAGAAAAAAUCAAAAGAAGUCCUCUCACUAUUUGCUACCCUGAAUAUGCAGGGUCAAACACAUAUGAAGAAGCAGCUGCUUACAUUCAGUGUCAAUUUGAAGAUCUGAAUAAGAGAAAAGACACAAAGGAAAUCUAUACUCACUUCACGUGUGCCACAGACACAAAAAAUGUGCAGUUUGUUUUUGAUGCUGUAACUGAUGUCAUUAUUAAAAAUAACCUUAAAGACUGUGGCCUCUUCUGAGAACAGACAAAAGAUUGUUAAAUGGUAAAUUACAUGCCUGAAAACAGGACUUAAACAUUUGGAAUAUGCCCACGCUGUGUAAAACCUGCGUAGAUAUACUUAAUUCUCUUUUAUUCUAUUUUUAGGUUUGGAGAUUGACUUCGCACAAUUCUAAUCUGAUUCUUUUCAAGGUGAAAGAAGUACAAAAUGCAUUGUGCUCA